UUUCUUUAUAACACACACACUCGUUUUCUUUCAUCUAAGCAUCAUAUAGCACAUUAGCACAUAUAGCCAUAAAACCAUAACAGUUUUAGGAUUCCUGUCAGCAUAUACCUCUGAGCUUUCUGUUCUUAAUCCCUCUUAGUAGUAGUAAGUAGUUACUCAGGUUCAAGUUUGUGUCAACCAAACUAGUCUCUACUCUAGUAAAUAACUAUACAAACAACCAUGCAUAUAUAACCUAUUUGUUAUUUUUCAAAAAACAUUCUAAUUAAUCAGUUUGAAAACUUGCAUGGAAAUAUAUAUAGAUGUGAUGCAGCAGCUAGCUAGCAAGCAGAGGAGAUUGUGUGUGUGAGAAUGGGAGAGAAAGAGAAUGAAGGGGCUUCCUUCAGCCCAUACAUAUAUAUGAUUGCUGAACCAUAUAGCGAUUCAUUCAUUAAUUGAAUUAAUAUUAUUAAUAUAUGGAUGAAUGAAGCGGAAGAUAUAUAUUUUGCAUAUAUAUGUGCUUGGACUGAAGGGGAGCUCCUUCUUUCUGUUGCCUCUCCAUAUUUAGUCUGUAUGUCUAAAUCAAAUCUUCAUCAUAUAUUGCUUCUUUUGAAUCGCAGUGGAAGUGAACAAAAACGAAACGAAGAAAGAUCGUAGAAAUGGAAGCGUUAGUGUGCAGAAAAUUGGGUGACCCAACGGUGAGCGUGGAAGAUGAUAACAGCCCAAUAAUCGUAUCCAAGAAUCACCCAAUCCCUCAAUUGAAUUCUCCUACAGCAGUAAGAGUUAGAAUCAAAGCUACAAGCUUGAAUUUCGCUAAUUACUUGCAGAUUCUUGGCAAGUAUCAAGAGAAACCACCUUUGCCGUUCAUUCCUGGAUCUGAUUUUUCAGGCAUCGUUGAUUCCGUUGGUUCCAAAGUUACCAAUUUUCGUAUUGGAGACCCUGUUUGUUCCUUUGCUGCUCUUGGUUCUUAUGCUCAGUAUAUAGUUGUUGAUCAGAACGAAUUGUUUCGCAUGCCGCAAGGUUGCGAUUUGGUUGCUGCUGGAGCACUUGCUGUGGCAUUUGGCACUUCACAUGUUGCACUUGUUCAUAGAGCUCAGUUGACAUCUGGUCAGGUAUUGUUGGUUUUGGGUGCAGCAGGAGGAGUGGGUCUAGCAGCUGUGCAAAUUGGAAAAGCAUGCGGAGCCGUUGUCAUUGCUGUUGCUAGAGGGGCUGAAAAAGUGCAGCUCUUGAAAUCACUUGGUGUGGAUCAUGUGGUGGACUUGGGUAAUGAAAAUGUCACCGAGAGUGUCAAAGAGUUCCUUAAGGUCAGAAGGCUUAAAGGGGUCGAUGUCCUGUAUGACCCUGUUGGAGGCAAGCUUAACAAAGAAUCUUUGCGGCUUCUGAAAUGGGGAGCUAACAUUCUAAUAAUUGGGUUUGCAAGUGGAGAAGUUCCUGUCAUCCCUGCUAACAUUGCUCUUGUUAAGAAUUGGACAGUACAUGGCCUGUAUUGGGGUAGUUAUAAAAUACACCGCCCAGUUGUUCUUGAAGACUCUCUGAAGGAGCUACUGUCUUGGUUGACAAAAGGCUUGAUUUCCGUUCACAUUUCUCAUUCUUACAGCCUGUCAGAGGCCAACCUCGCCUUCUCUGCUAUAAGAGAUAGGAAAGCUAUAGGGAAGGUGAUGAUUGUAUUCGAUGAGAAAAGCACAAGAUCUAAGCUGUAAUCUUGCUGAAACUAUGCUAUAUAGUUGUCAAAAUACUCCUGGGCACCCAAACAUCAGAGGAUCAUAUUAGAGACCAAGGAGAUGCCGGUAUAAAAAAAACAAAUAAGAGAGCAAUAAAAGGCAAAAUGUUGUAGAACAACAAUGCAAUUUAUUACAAAUAAUAGUAUUAUGAUUCACACAAA